AUGUCUAAUAAGCUUUUUAUUUGGAGUAAAAGCGAUAUAGAGACACUAUUUAGUAUUGUUGUAGAUUUAUUUAAUGAUAAAACUAAUAGGGAGGCAAUAAGGAAGAAGGUAGGGCUAAGGAUGGGAAUAAGCUCUAAUCCAAUCAGUUAUGAAGGCGAAUUAAAUAGUGAAUCUAGAAAUAAAGUGGGAGUAGUUAAAUUUGCAUCUUCUAAAGAUGAUAUUAUUGGUCAAACGAUUGAUUCAGUGAUAUGCAAGAAUCUCAUUAUAGCUUAUGUACUACCGGAUACUACUGAGAAGUCUCAUGUAGUUUAUCAGAAUAUAAGACAGAAAGAUCAUGUGAAGAGAAAAAUAGCUAAAGAUAUUGGAAAUCGUUUAUUCACAAUAUUUUCUUUGAAAUUGGCUAUUUUUACGGAAUCUCUUAUUUGUCACUUCACUAAUCUUGCUAUUGACUCAAUUAAGAAGAUUAAUUCUCAAAAUAUAUUGGAUAUUUCUUUAUUCGCAGAUCCAUUGUGCUAUAAAGGUCCUCUUAAGCUUAACAGUUUGGUGUGCAGUGAAUUAGAUAAAUAUGGGAUAUCUUUAUUUAGUGGUUGGCUAGGUGAAGAUUUGAGAAGUAAGUUAGUUACCCAAAUACAGAAGUAUGACUACCAAGCCUUAUUUACCAACUAUAAUACAUUAACAGGUUGUUAUAAAUUAAAAGUUUUGGCUUUACACUCGGCAAAAAUUAAAGAGGUACUACUUACUUUUUAUAAAUCUCUUUGUUCAAUUCCAUAUGAGUUAAAUAUGAAACUUAAAUUAGCUCUACAUACUUUGCCACCUACAUUUCAUGUAUUUUCACUAUCUCAGGAUGAUACUUUAUGCAUCAAUAAACAGACAAUAGCACCUGGGAGCAAAGUUGCUCUUUUAUAUUUCCCAAGCAGUGAGACUCUAGCAAAAAUUACUUGCACAAGAAUCAAUGGUGAGAAAGGUAGGGCAACUCCAAUAUCAUUAGAAGUUUCAAAUGACAAACUUAUUAUAGUGAAGUUGAUGGAAAAUAAAUAUACGAUUAAAGUAAAUGGUUCAAAUAUAAUUUAUUUUGUUAUCAUCUACAUAUAUGGCCCUGAAAUACUAAAAUAA